CACAAAUGAGCAAAAAUCUUCCUUGAUAUUCACAAAAAUGAGCAUUCGCAACUUAUCAGUUUUGUCUUUGUUCUUGUCUUCUAUACUAGUCUUUGGCUCGGCUGAGCAGUGUGGAUCGCAGGCAGGUGGUGCCUUGUGCCCAGGAGGCCUGUGUUGUAGCAAAUUUGGUUGGUGUGGAACCACUGAUGACUACUGUGGAAAUGGUUGCCAAAGCCAGUGUUCAUCAGGGGGAGGAGGUGGCGGCGGCGGUGGUUCUGGUGACGUUGGCGGUCUCAUAACAAGAUCAAUGUUUAAUGACAUGCUCAAGCACAGAAAUGACGGUGGUUGCCCCGCCAAGGGCUUCUACACCUAUGAUGCUUUCAUCGCAGCUGCUAAGGCCUUUCCAGCGUUUGGCACAACUGGUGAUGAUGCCACCCGGAAAAGAGAAAUUGCUGCUUUUUUGGCGCAAACUUCACAUGAGACUACUGGUGGGUGGGCUAGUGCUCCAGAUGGUCCUUAUGCUUGGGGAUAUUGCUACAACAGAGAACAAAACCCUGGCUCAUCCUAUUGUGCUCCUAGUCCAACAUAUCCUUGUGCUUCCGGAAAGCAGUACUUUGGUAGGGGUCCAAUGCAACUAUCUUGGAAUUAUAACUAUGGGCAGUGUGGGAGAGCCAUUGGGGUGGACCUAUUGCACAACCCAGACCUGCUUACAACUGAUGCAGUGAUAUCCUUCAAGUCAGCAAUUUGGUUCUGGAUGACAGCUCAAUCACCAAAGCCUUCAUGCCAUGAUGUGAUAACCGGAAGAUGGUCACCAUCUGGAAGUGAUCAGGCAGCCGGACGGGUUUCAGGGUAUGGAGUAGUGACAAAUAUCAUCAACGGUGGGCUUGAAUGUGGGAAGGGUUGGAAUGCAAAGGUAGAGGAUAGGAUUGGAUUCUACAAGAGGUAUUGUGACAUACUGAGAGUUGGCUAUGGCAAUAAUCUUGACUGCUACAACCAGAGGCCUUUUGGGUCUGGAGUCUUAGUUGAUACCAUGUAAUAUGUUUCAGAACAAUAUGAACCAAAAAUAAAGAGUGUCAGAACAAUGUUCUCUCCAACUUAGCUUGUUGGUUGGAACCUAUAAUGUCUGUUUGCCUGAACUAUGAAGUAUGUGUACUUGUGUUGGUCUAAGAGAAUAUUAAAGGUAUGCUUUCUCAAAUGCCAUCAUUCUGUAUAAAUUACUGCUAGCACC